UAGUGCUUCAUGGACAGUAAAUGUCAUGCCACCUCAAAUGACAAAUCUUCAAACAGCACGGAUACAGACUGACCUUAACAGGAAUGAUAUGUUGCAAGAAAUGGAGCUUUGACACAAAUGGAAUUAGCAUUACACCAAUUUUCGCCUUUGACAGUGCACUGGUGUGCUUCAUAUUUCAUCUUCUGUGCUGUGGGGAUCAACUGCAAAUAAUUGUUAGUGCUUCAUGGACUGUAAAUGCCAUGCCAUCUCAGGUGACGUCCACAAAUCAUCCAACAUCUGGGAUACCAGCUAUGGUACCUGAAUUUGGCAGGAACAAAAUGCUUCAAGGAAUGAAGCAGUACAUUUGCAGCACAUGUGGUAAACAGUACUCUAUAAAAGGCUCACUACAGCGACAUGUUAGAUAUGAAUGUGGUGUAGAACCUCAGUUUUGCUGUCCAUAUUGCUCUAAAAGAAGUCAUCGAAAAAGCAAUCUUAGCCAGCACAUUAGACGUAAUCACUUCAGUGUGUCGUUAUGUGACAGUAUUUAGACUAAUUUGUUUAACAGAGUGCUGCGGUUAGGACAUGUCUGUGUAUUGUGUGUGAAUACUUCAACACUUUUCUUACCAUAUUUAGUCACUCCGUACACAAUACACAUCUCAUGUAUCUCUAUCAAAAGUAAUUGCAGUGCAAAUUAUAAUGGGGUAUUUAAAAAGUAAAUUACCAUUGAUUAAAAGCUUUAUGAUAAACUAUGUUACUUUUUUGGACUUUAGCAACCAUUAAAUAUAAAAACAUGUUUGGAGAUCUGUCAAUUUUUUAAAUUUUUCAACAGCUUUAAGAACUGCUGUGUGUUGUUAAUUCUUUGACAAAUAACUGUUUGCAUUUUUUCCACUACCCAGGUAUUUUAGGGGUCAGUCAUAAACCAAACACAUCCAUAUCUCCUGUAAAAAUGUCAAAUAACGUGUCUCAUGAGCCAUGUAAAGCAAUGGAACAUUCUUAUUUGUUGACUUGCUAUUAUUGUUUGCAAGAGACUGACAACAGUAAACAACUUGGAGCCAAUGUCCUCCAGCGGCUCCAAAAACAAGUACACUUUAGCAUCGUCACAGAUCUAACAACAAUUUAGGCUACAAUGUUGUAUUAUAAUAUGUUUUGCUGUAAAAGUUUCUGAUCCUGUUGUAAUUAAAAGAAGUUUCUCUUCAAAUAUUGCUGACUAUUGUUACAUAGCCACUCCUGACAUAUGUACCGAGGAUUCAUCAUCGUUAUUAUUAUUGUAAACAAAAAUACAGAUAUGUAGCUGGUAUUAGCAGAAUUGUGCUGUGU